AACCCCUGGAUGACUCACGCGCGUGUAGUGUGUAUUUAAAGUUGAGAUCAAAUGUCAGAAAUAAUCGAGAGACAGUCGGCAUGGCCAAGGUCCCGUUUUGUCUUCUGAUCCUGUUCAUGCCCGCCGGUGCUCACCUGACUCCGCCAACCUAUCAGUGGACAUCACCCGAGAACGGAGAAGUGUACACGUGCACGCGCUGCCCGCCCGGCACCUUCACCAAGACUCACUGCACGCGAGAGCGACCCACGGAAUGCGCGGCGUGUCCCGAGCUGCAUUACACGCAGUACUGGAACUACCUGUCCGAGUGCCUGUACUGCAACGUGUUCUGCACGGAGCUGCAGGUGGAGAGCCGGCACUGUAGCCCAACUCACAAUCGCGCUUGCCAGUGCCGAGAAGGCUACUACUGGGACAGCGAACUGUGCCGGGCGUACUCGAAAUGUCUGGCGGGCUACGGCGUGUGGCGUAAUGGGACAGCCCACCAUGAUGUAACAUGUACGCCAUGCGAGGAGGGAUACUUUUCAUCUGAAGCCUCCAGCACCAAAGCAUGUCAGAAACACCGGAAUUGUUCAGAACAAGGUGCACUUGUGGUCGUGCCCGGGGACAGGUACCAUGACACAAGCUGCACAACUUGCUGGAAAUAUCAGAUGUACAAUGGACUCAUUCGAGAUUCACCAGAAAACCAAGAAUGCAAUGAUGCAGUGAUCAGCUUUCUUCUGCACCACUCUGAGCGAUUCCUGAAAAGAAAAUGGAACCGAUUUGUGACGGCAGUGAGAACGUCCAUUAAGACAAACGUCAGCUUUAAAGAGCACCACAGUGAAGAGCACACCAGGCAGCUGCUGUCUUCUGUAAAAGAAAACGUCAGUACCGAAAAAUUUAUCGAGGUGAUUCUUAAGAUUCUGGAGAGAUCGAGGUUACACCAACUGAAAAAACAGCUGGAGGAGCGCUUUUUGACUUCUAAAUACUUAAAUAUCGAAAAAUCAUUCCAGUCCUGGUAGCCUCCUGAAACAAAAGCACAUACUUUCUGGAUUUCACAGAAGACAAAUAAGCUUAAAUGCCAAGUACAAAGCUAUAUAAUAUUAGAAAUGUAUCAGCAUGUAUGACUAGUAAGAGAAUUGGCAGGACAUCUACUUCAAAAAUGCAAAAAAACAAAA